ACGCAAAGACUCUCUAGUUGACACACAUAACCUUUUAGUCCUGACAAUUUCAAGAAAGAGUAAUCCCUCCACUACCACAAACUCAUUUGAUGUGGACUUGUCCUUGGCCUCGAGCUUGUGAUUACCGACGAGGCCUAUCAGGCCCGGAUGCUGCUUCUGAUUACCGAAGCUAAGCAACGGUUGGAUGCAGUAGCAGCCGCAGCAAAGCAGAAGGCAGAGGACGCCGAGAAGGCACGCCUGUUGGCAAUCGAACAGCAGCACCAACACAACGAGGUAGCAGCAAAGGCUGCCGACGAAGAACGAAUUCAACGGCGCGAGAAGAUAUUCAGCGGAGAGCGAGCUUUGCUCACAAUGGCAGCAGGUUGGCGGGCCGAGGCCGAGAAUGGCAAGAUGGAAGAGAGUGAAAACAAGAUCACUCUGCUCCACUCCCAUCUCACGGACCUCCUGGCAACAUGCAUUACACAGCAGGAGGACAUCCACAGCCUCGACGAUGCGUUGGCUCAAGUCCACAGCCGCCUCCGGCAGCUGGAGCAGCGACCCGUCGCCGCCCCCGACGCCAGCUCUUCCAACACCUCCGAUCGCCUCGAGGCAUUGGAGAUUGACGUCGGCUCCCUCAAGGAUGGCGUGCAGUUACAGCAAACCGCAACGCAACAGUUGGAGCAGCGGAUCUGUACUGCCGCCAACCACUCGAGCUCAGAACCGCGCGAGACAACUCCAAAGUUCGAUGGGCAGGAGAUCUUCUGCGACUCGACGAAGACAAACCCGAUUCCAUGGUUCCGCAAGUUCGAGCUCACGUUGCAGCUACACUACGUCAAAGAACGCAAGCACCACGUGUACUUAUACUCCCGGUCAGGGGGCGCGUGCCAAGCAUGGUUGGACAAUCUCUUGUCCAAGUACGGAGUGAUGGCUGCCGACUUGCAUACCAAGAUCAGUUAGGAUGAUCUAAAGGUGGCAUGGCAUAAGCGGUUCCAAGUAGAGC